AUGGGCACAGGUGGUAUCUUGCAAAAUCAUAGGGGUACUUGGAUUUUGGAUUUCUCUUCUAACAAAGGGCAUGGUGAUGCUCAACUGGCGAAGUUGCUUGCUGUUAGGAAUGAGUUCCAGGUUGCUUGGGAUAGUGGAUUUACAAACAUUGUGUGUGAAAGUGAUGCCUUGAAUGUGGUUAAUGUUGUGAAUAAGCAAUCUGAUAUGAAUUUUCACCCUCAUGCUCAGGUGAUCUUCCAAAUCCGCAGCCUUUUGGUGAAGUGUUGGACUGGCUUGGUGACUCAUACUCCCCGUGGUUCCAAUUCUGUUACUGAUAUCCUUGCCAAACUCGAGGCAAAGUCUUCCUGA